AGGUACUACACGCUAGGCCAUAUACCUAGAAUACCGCGAGGCAGAGUGAGAGAGCGGUAGGGUACUUCUGUUGUACCCCGAAACGGAUACCGUUUACAAAAGUUGCGGCAAAUCCGCGCAAAACGGAAAAAUAUUCAUAUCAGUCCGGUACUGUCGCGCUCUAGAGAUUGGUCGUACCCAUAGUAUGUCACCAUCUCUUAUAUUAAUUCAAUUUUUCUGUUAAGAAAAAUAAUUUUUUUUUGUAUUUGGUUUCGUUCGAAAAAAGUAGUACCAAAAAAUUAUUUUGGCUGUGUUCUGUGAUUUGAAUUUUUCUGGAGAAGAAAUGGAUCAAUUCAAGAACAUUUUUGUGGAGGAAACUCAAUUUUGGUUGAACGUGUCGCAGUACCCAAACACCACUGUUAAGGACAUUCCAUUUUUGGCCAGAGUCUUAGCAGAAAGAUACGGAGAUGUAUAUCAAAACACUUUGGAGAAAAUGGGGGACCCUAGAACGUCAAAAUGGCCGCUGAUAGAGAGCCCCAUACCCACAUUACUCAUGGUACUGACAUAUCUCUACGUCAUCCUAUGGAUGGGACCCAGGAUGAUGGCCAACAGAAAACCGUUCAAGCUGAAAAAUAUCCUUAUAGUGUAUAACGGUGCCCAAGUUUUGAUGAGCUUGUACAUGAUGUACGAGCACUUAGCUAGUGGAUGGUUUUGGGACUACAGUUUUAAAUGUCAACCUGUCGACUAUACCAAUAACGAGAAAGCUAUCAGGAUGGCCAGACUAUGCUACAUCUACUACCUAUCCAAACUUACUGAAUUUGCCGACACUGUAUUCUUCGUCCUCAGAAAGAAAGACAGUCAAGUCAGCUUUUUACACGUGUACCAUCACAGUCUCACGCCCAUAGAGACCUGGUUCUUGGUUAGGUUCAUUGCCGGUGGACAUGGAACUUUUUCAAACUUGAUCAACAACUUUGUUCAUGUUAUUCUGUACUUUUACUACAUGGUUGCAGCAAUGGGUCCACAGUACCACAAAUAUUUGUGGUGGAAGAAACACCUAACUCACAUUCAGCUGAUUCAGUUCGUAAUGGUGUUCAUACAUUCAGCACAGCUGCUCUAUACUGACUGCGGGUACCCACAGAUCAUGGGUACCAUCUUGCUGGUACACUCGACCAUAUUUUUCGCUCUAUUCUCGAACUUCUACUACCAGGCUUUCAUCAAGCCGAAGAAAAUGGAGACUGCCAAGGCGCUGAAGACCGAAUAAUAGAAGAAAUGUCUGAUUUUUCUAGUUUAAUUAUUAUUAAAAACGCUCAAUCUUGUCAAUGGAAUUAUAGACUAUACAUUUGUGGCGUUUAGGUACCGGUAUGAUCGAAAAAAAAUCGUUACAGUGGCUUUUGAUUAUAACUGACAUACAAACUGACUUAGUUUUUAAUAAGUGACAUGUUGGGAUCGAAAUAGCAAAAAUUAUCAUCGAUUGUCGUAUGUAAAAGGUUACUGUGACGCCGUUUUCUUUAUCGAUCAUAUGAUAAAUGAGUAUGCCUAUGUACCUUCGUAGAGAGUUUACUACACUGACAAAAACUUUUGGGAAUAUCGAUUUGUACCCAAAAAAAUCUACAAGGAUACAAAUUGCUCAGUGGUGAUAUUCCUAGAAGAUCUGAGUUAUAGUAGAAUAUUAUUCUGGCAUAGUAGAAUGAAGUCAAAAACCUUGUUUUUUUGAUUCAUUGCAAUUCUGAGCUGCUGAGAUUUAUUCUUAAUUUAUUUUUCUCGUAUUCUCAUUUUCUGAGUGAUAAAAAAUAAUUUUUAUAUACAUUUAACAAAAUUCUGACCUGUAUAAUCUCUAUACAGGAUGUCCGCUUCAAUAAAUUACACUAUAGUUCAUAUCAAAUAUACUUUUAGUCACGUGAUUAAGCCUGUCCGUCACAGCGUUGCCUACUUUUGCAUAUUUUCUUUGAAUCAAAAUAUUUUAAGAAACAAAAAUAAAUUAACUAUAAAUAUACAGUGGUGGCCAAAAGUAUGGAAACUUUUUUAAUUUGUCAUUUAUGCUAAGAAAUUAA